UAGACCCCAACACGGGCUCCAAGGAUCCCGCUGCACACCAGGCUCCCUUGGCUUCUAGACCCAGGAGUUUUGCUCCACAUCAGGGAAACCGUGAAACCCCAGGAUGGCCCUGUCCAAUUCCACAACUGUUCUGCCUUUUCUGGCCUCGCUGUGGCAGGAAACAGAUGAGCCAGGCGGCAAUAUGUCGGCGGACUUGGCUCGUAGAUCCCAGCUCCGAGAUGACAGCAAGCUGGAGGCUCUCUAUAUCCUCAUGGUGCUGGGUUUCUUCGGCUUCUUCACCCUGGGCAUCAUGCUGAGUUACAUCCGAUCCAAGAAGCUGGAACACUCGCAUGACCCUUUCAACGUGUACAUCGAGUCGGACGCCUGGCAGGAGAAAGGCAAGGCCCUCUUCCAGGCCCGCGUUCUGGAGAGCUUCAGAGCUUGCUAUGUCAUUGAAAACCAGGCGGCCGUAGAACAACCUGCCACACACCUUCCUGAACUGAAGCCACUGUCAUGAACUCCAUAGUUAAUUAAUAGACAAGUGAUAAGUGGGUCUUUCUAGUCACAUGCCUGCCAGUCUUUAUUGUAGGGGUACCCUUGAGUUUUUAUAAGGGGUGAGUUAAUAACACCAGUUUUCUGACAUUGCA